AUGCCGGUGUUUACAGUGAACGUGAAAUGGGGUAAAGAGAAAUUCGAUGCGGUGGAGCUGAACACAGAAGAGCCUCCGGUGGUGUUUAAGGCUCAGCUCUUCGCCCUGACAGGAGUCCAGCCCGACAGGCAGAAAGUGAUGGUGAAGGGAGGCACCCUCAAGGACGAUGAGUGGGGCAACAUCAAAAUAAAAAAUGGCAUGACGCUGCUGAUGAUGGGCUCGGCUGAAGCUCUUCCUGAAGCGCCUUCAGAUCGACCCAUGUUUGUGGAGGACAUGACCGAGGAGCAGCUCGCCUCCGCGAUGGAGCUGCCGUGCGGCCUCACAAACCUGGGUAAUACCUGUUACAUGAACGCCACAGUGCAGUGCCUGCGCUCCGUGCCCGAGCUCAAAGCGGCGCUCAGACGGUAUGCCGGUGCUCUACGAUCUUCAGGGGCCAACGCUCCGUCAGAAUACAUUACAGCAGCUCUGCGUGAUCUAUACGAGACCAUGGACAAGACCUCGUCCAGCCUGCCGCCCAUCAUCCUCCUGCAGUUCCUCCACUUGGCCUUCCCCCAGUUUGCAGAGAAGGGGGACCAGGGACAGUACCUCCAACAGGACGCCAACGAGUGCUGGCUACAGAUGAUGAGGGUCCUGCAGCAGAAGCUCGAGCCCCUAGAGCCAGAGACCCCCAUGGAGGUUGAUUCAGGAAGCGGUGCUGCUGCUGCCUCGUUAAAGAAUUUUAUCGACCAGUAUUUCAGUGUAGAGUUUGAAACUUCUAUGAAAUGUACAGAAUCUGAAGAAGAAGAGCCAAUCAAAGGAAAAGAAAGCCAGCUCCAACUCAGCUGCUUCAUCAACCAGGAAGUCAAAUAUCUGGCAACAGGACUUCGGCUGAGGCUGCAAGAAGAAAUCACAAAAAUGUCUCCAACCCUGGAAAGAAACGCACUGUACAUAAAAUCUUCUAAAGUUAGCAGACUUCCGGCCUAUUUGACGGUUCAGAUGGUUCGCUUUUUCUACAAGGAGAAGGAGUCUGUGAAUGCCAAAGUUCUUAAGGAUGUUAAGUUCCCUCUGAUGCUGGACGUGUACGAGCUGUGCACCGCUGAGCUCCAGGAGAAAAUGCUUCCCAUCAGAUCCAAGUUUAAGGACAUGGAAGACAAGAAGCUGGAGAAGCAGCAGCAGAAGGUGGUGAAGAAAGCUGAUGACAAGAAAGAAGUGAAACAUGAGCCUUUCUCUUUCCCUGAAGACGUGGGCUCCAACAACAGCGGAUACUACGACCUCCAGGCCGUGCUCACUCACCAGGGCCGCUCCAGCUCCUCCGGACACUACGUGGGCUGGGUCAAGAGGAAAGAGGAUGAAUGGGUGAAGUUCGACGAUGACAAAGUGAGCGUGGUGUCCCCAGAGGAUAUCCUGCGGCUGUCCGGCGGCGGCGACUGGCACAUAGCUUACGUCUUACUGUACGGCCCCCGCAGACUGGAAAUCCUCCCCCAGGACCCAUAA